AUGUCAUCCUUUGAUAUAUUCCAGUCAUCAAACGGAAGUAAUAGUAGUGGUAAUGGUGAGAAUGGCGGUAAAGACGACAAUGAUGAUACUCCAAUAACCGCACAUGUUGUUCGGAAUAUUAUGGAAAAAGUAAUGAGCACUCCAUCGACGACAAGUUCACACUUUUUCAAUGAAUUUGGUUAUUUACAAUCAUCAAUUACCGAUGAAUAUGAUAGUCCAUUACUAGGCUUUACCGAUGUUGCAAAUGAUUCAUCUCAAGAUAUGUUGAUGUUGUUACAACCACCAGACAAUAGUAGUGGUACAAAUAACGAAAUAAACCAUCGUCAACAACAACAUGAUAUAUUUCAACAGCUUGGAAAUUCAUUUCAACAGCAACAACAAUGUUAUUAUAAUGAUUCACCUACAUCAGUCAAUUUACUUUCGUCGUCAGCUUCAACGUCGAUUAGGGGUGAUGAUAAUUUUGGCAGUGUCAUUAUUGGCAGCCAACGACGCAAUGAAAGUGUUCAUACUAGAGAAAAUAGUCUCGAUUCGAAUAACAAUGAUAAUAAAAAAUUUAUUGCCAAACGAGCUAGAAUCGAUAUGACCGAUCAUGUUGUACAAGCAAGAUGUUUAUAUUUUAUGCUGGGUAAGAUCGAUAAAAUCAGUUAUUUUAACCCAGAAACGUUGUGUAUUAAAAUGAAAUGUAAAUUUUGUUUUGAAAAUGGUGAAUCAUUUGAAGUUUAUCGUUCUCAUAUGUUAUACAAUGGCGCUGGUACAAUAUUAUGCCCAAUACUGCGGGCUUAUAUUUGCCCAAAAUGUGGGGCUACUGGGGAUUUGUCCCAUACAUUACGCUAUUGUCCAAUGCAAACACAACCAAUGCAGUUAUUAACAUUGGAUUAG